AGUUUCAUAAAAAGGCAAUAAACGGCAAACUUCACACGUUUUUCUUUAUCUACCUAAUUUUGUCUUUAAUUUGUAAUUUUCUUUUUUAUGGUAAUUCUGAGUUUCAAAGGUUCUUGAUUGUUAAGAUCGAAAUCAAAGACCAAAAAAAGGAUAAAGAAGAAGUAGUGAUUGAUUGACAGAUAGAUAGAAAUGGCAACAGAAAGCAAGCAAAGCGUGGUGAAAGUGAAGCCAAGCAGUAGUAAUUUUGAUGGUUCCAAAGGAAAGAUUGAAUCUUCGAUGAAAGCUAAGAAAAUUGAGAGCUCAAACAAACAACAACAACAAUCUGUUGUUGAUUCAAAGGAUAAAUCUAUCUCAGUUGUAACUAAAACUGAGGUAAAAUCAAAAUCAGCACCGAGUUCGUCAAAAACUACGACGACAACCACUACCACUAGAGUGAGACAGAAGAAAGUAUACUCCUUGCCAGGCCAGAGAUAUGAUCCUCCUGAAGAGAGAGAACCACUUAGGAUAUUCUACGAGUCUUUGUCUAAACAGAUUCCAACUAGUGAAAUGGCAGAAUUUUGGAUGAUGGAACAUGGCUUACUAUCCCCAGAGAGAGCCAAAAAGGCACAUGAGAAGAAACAGAGAAAGCAAAAAAUGCAACGAUUUGGAACUCCCAUUAAAUCUACCAAACCAUCCACUAGUAAACCUGAGAGUUCUCAAAAGCAGCAGCAGUCAUCAAAGAAUGGAGACCUUAAAGCCAAGAGGAAAAUCAGCAAUGACAGUGACGAUGACGACUUUAUUUUAAGUUCGAAAAGAAGGAAAGGCAUUGAGGGGGUAAUAUGCAGACCUAAAGUUCUACAUCACUACUCUUUCCUUCCAGAUUGAACGGCUAAGCAUUCAUCCACAGACCAUGUAUAGAAACUAAUGGUAGAGCAUGGAGAUUUUUUCCUCAGCAUUUACAGCACAGAGCUAUCUCUUUUUCUAACAAUGUGGUAGUCAUAACAGAUGCAAAUUCAACUCAUUUAAAUGCCCGUGUACGGGCAAUACAUGUGACAGACAAGCGGUGAAUAAGCAUGAUUCAGACUGUUUUUCCAUAUCAGGCCACAAUACAUUUUGGAUCAGAUGAAUAUAAAGUUUCACUGGUCAAUAAAGACUCUGGAAACUGGUACUGUUUGAUUAUCUGAUCUGCAAAGGAAAUAUCUUGUGGCUUUGGUGAAAGAAUGGUCUGCAUUGUGUACUGUUUUCAAAUUUGCCACUGCGUUGCAUCAGGUAAAACAGGUUUUUAGUGCAUGAGAGAGUGAGCCAUGCUGAUUGUUACUGAAUGUGCAGGGGAUAGUUCCUGAUUCCAGUAAACAAUAAUAAGUAAUCUUACAUAAUUGUAUCAUAUCUUCCACAAAAUGGGAAUUCUGAUUCUUUCACAUCAAGCUAAAAAUUUAAUACUUACAAGAUGGUUUGAAAUUGUGAUUGCUCAUGGCCAUGUUUGAAUCAAGUAGUGUUAUUUUCAUGUCAACUCAUUAGCAGCAUUCAAGAUGAAAGUCAUAGUUAUCUUACUUCAUAAAGUCUUACAAAAUUGAAAAAAAAAGAGGUAGGAGAGCACUUCAAAACUCAAACCAGAAGAGAUUUUCUCUCUUCCCUCUCUUCUUAUUAACUGCUAAUUUCUCGAUUUCCUGAUGCAUCAGUUCCUUCCUUUCCCUCGCCAAAGAAGAAUGAAAAAAAGCCCAAAAAAACAUGAACACAAUAUUUCUAGAAAAAAUAGAUUCCUACAAUCAAUCACCACUCCAUAUAUAUAAUACAACCAGCUUACACAAUCAUUUAGUUUUAGACCGAUCUUUCUUCUUGAGAUGAGAUCACUCGCUAUACCCUCUUAAAACAAAGAAAAA